AUGCAGGGCUUCAACCCCCAGUCUCUCCGCCUCCUGGCGGCUCUUCCUCUGGACUUUUCAAAGUUGACUCAGGCCUUCGACUUGGACGACGUGGUCCAGCGCAGAGACCCCAGCGAGUGCAGCAGGGGGCCCCCAGGGGGCCCCCAUGCCCAGGGGGGCCCCCCGGGGGGCCCCCCUGGGGGCCCCCAUGCCCAGGGGGGCCCCCCGGGGGGCCCCCCGGGGGGCCCCCAGGGGGGGCCCCCUGCUGCAGAUAGCCCCGGAGCUGCAGCAAUGAAGGGACUUGUGAUUCGGACUUAUAGAGGCAUUCAGGACUAUUCUCAAGAGCGAGAUCCUGACCGCAUGAAUCCUGGCCCGGAGGAGGUGCAGGUGGCUUGGGAAGAUGGAGCUGUUGAAAAUGUCUGGUGUGGGGCUUUGAAGUUGGUGGACAGGUGUCUCUACGUGGGAGACACAGUGCUGCAUGCAGAGACUGGGGCUUUGGGGCUUGUCCUUGAGGUGCAGCAAACCCUAGAUCUGGCCAUUCCAGUGGAGGCCCUGCAGCAGCAGCAGCAGCAGCAGCAGCAGCAGCAGCAGCAGCAGCAGCAGCAGCAGCGGGAGCAGCAGCAGCAGGGGCGGCGGGGCGCCGCUGGGGGCGCUGCAGGAGCUUCUGCUGCAGCAGCAGAAGCUGCUGCUGCUGCUGCUGCUGCGCGGCCCCCCCCGCGGCUGCAGGGCCUCUGCAGCAGGGCCCUGGGGGCCCCCCCGCUGCUGCUGCAGCCGCCGCUGCUGCAGCAGCUGCAGCAAUUCAAAGAGGGGCUGCCAGUCAUCAGCGGCGGCCGCGUCGGAUGUGUCUUGGGGGGAAAAGUGGAUUAUGUAAUUACUCUCGAGUCCGGAGACGAAUUCGUCUAUGAAGACGGGCCCAAGUGGAAGGUGCAGCAGCAGCAGCAGCAGCAGCAGCAGCAGCAGCAGCAGCAGCGGCAGGCAGCAGCAGCAGCGGCGGCGGCAACGGCAGCGGCAGCGGAAGCCAGAAUGCAGCCGACGCAAGCAGACUCAGUAGAGGGGCCCCUAGCAGCAGCAGCAGCAGGAGGUGCAGCAGCAGCAGCAGCAGCAGCAGCAGCAGCAGCAGGGCCCCAGAGGGCUUUGACGCCCUGGUCCGAACACAGCCCCAGCGAGCUGCUGCCGCUGCAGCAGCAAGUCUUGCGUUUGGGGCAGCCGAUUUAUGUGGACAUUCGCCGGGCUUUGGGUUUGGGGGGGGCCCCCCGGGGCCCCUCUGAAGCAGCAGGUGCCCCAGCAGCAGCAGCAGCAGCAGCAGCAGCAGCAGCAGGAGGGGCAGCAGCAGCGGACCCCGCUGCAGCGGCAGCAGCGGCAGCAGCGACGCCAGAGAAACCCGCAGCCGCAGCAGCAGCAGCCCCCGCAGCAGCGGAGAACCCCCCGCCCGCGCCAGCAGCAGCAGCAGCAGCAGCAGCAGCAGCAGCAGCAGCAGCAGAGUUUGGAGAGGCGGAGUACACGGUGGGGGUGGUGGCUGGAGUGCGGACUUGCUGCAGCGUGCUGUGGGAAACAGGAGCUGUAGAGACACAAGCAGCAGCAGCAGCAGCAGCAGCAGCAGAAGAAACAGCAGCAGCAGCAGCAGGAGCAGCAGACGCAGCAGCAGCAGCAGCAGCAGCAGCAACUGCAACAGCAGCCAAGCUGCAACGCAUCUUCGAAGCAACGUCGUUGCUGCUGGGAGACGCAUCAGCAAGCCCCCUACUAGACGCGGAGCCCCUGCAGUCAUCAGCAGCAGCAGCAGCAGCAGCAGCAGCAGCAGCAGCAGCAGCAGCAGCAGCAGCAGCAGCAGCAGCAGCAAGGGGCCCCGGAGGCGCAGCUGGGCAUUGUGGUCUACGCAAACCGCGAAGAGAAAAAGGCCCUCAUUGCCUGGAUCAAAGACUCGCAGCAAUUCGCAAAGGACUUCUUCCUAGUCCUCUCCUCAAUCUGCAGCAGCAGCAGCAGCAGCAGCAGCAACAGCAGCAGCAGCAACAGCAGCAGCAGCAGCCGUCGGGCCUCCCUGCCGUUUCUUCUCAGUCUGCUCAUUUCCUCGUUGUUUCAUUUGUGUCUUCUGCUGCUGCUCUCUUGACAGCUCAAGUGGCUCAAGCAGCAGCAGCAGCAACAGCAGCAGCAGCAACAGCAGCAGCAGAGGGGCCCCUCCUUUCCCUCUCUUGGGAAUCCUGGGGGGCCCUCACGCUGCAGCAGCAACAUUUAUUCUUGCCAGGGGACUUGGCGCUGCUGCGCCCCGACAGACUGCACAAACUGGGGGCCCCCCUAAACCCAGGGGCCCCCCUGGGGGCCCCCCCGGGGGCCCCCCUGGGGGCCCCCAUGGGGGGCCCCCACACCCCGGGGGGCCCCCGAGGGGGCCCCCAAGGGGGCCCCUCUGGGGACGCGAGAGUUUUUGUGGAAGUUAUUGGGAAUUGCGGGGGCUCUUUGUGGGUCCGCACUUUGGACGGAGUUGUUGUUCCCUUUUUAGCUGCUGAUUUGCUGCCGCUGGCUUUCAGAAGACUGGGGGAUUUGCUGGAGGAAGACGCAGAAGGAGGGUCGUCCGAUGAAGACUCGAACUACUCCAGCGAAGGCUCCGAAAUGGCAGAGGGGGAUUGGACUUAUGGCAAGAAGGACUCCGGCUCUGACAGCACCAACAUAACUUCUCUCUCUGGCAACUCUGAGGGCAGCAGCAGCAGCAGAGACAAUCCCUAG